CCAACCCCCUACUACGGGUCUUGUUUGCUUCACCAGUUUUAUCUUUUAAUCUAAACUCUUACCCCACACAACCCCAACCCGAUUUCAUUUCAACCUCAUAGUCAUAGUUCCUCUCCUUCCCAUCAUCCAAACAAACCACAGCAGCAACAUUGCCAAAAUGGCAGCAUGCUCAGCUACCUCUGCUUCUUCCCUCUUAGCUUUAAACCCUAAAUCACUUUUCUCUUCAAAACCCACUUCCACCUCUCUCUCUACCCUCAACUCUCUUCCUACUAAACCCUUCUCACUCCCUUCACUUUCAUUCACUCGCCCCUCUCUUCAUCACCACUCUUCUCGCCGCAAUUCCUUCCUCGUCAAAGCCUCCAGUGAGCUUCCAUUGGUUGGAAAUGUAGCACCCGAUUUUGAAGCAGAAGCUGUUUUUGAUCAGGAGUUUAUCAAGGUCAAACUCUCUGAGUACAUUGGGAAGAAGUAUGUUAUCCUCUUUUUCUAUCCAUUGGACUUCACCUUUGUGUGUCCAACAGAAAUCACUGCUUUCAGUGACCGGCAUGCAGAGUUUGAGGCAAUAAAUACCGAAAUUUUGGGUGUUUCAGUUGACAGUGUGUUCUCGCACCUUGCUUGGGUUCAAACAGAUAGAAAGUCAGGUGGCCUUGGUGAUUUGAACUAUCCUCUGAUUUCUGAUGUCACCAAAUCCAUAUCGAAAUCUUAUGGCGUUCUCAUUCCUGAUCAGGGAAUUGCAUUGAGAGGAUUGUUCAUUAUUGACAAGGAAGGUGUUAUUCAGCAUUCUACCAUCAACAACUUGGCAAUUGGUAGAAGUGUUGAUGAGACAAAGAGAACACUCCAGGCCUUGCAGUAUGUGCAGGAGAACCCAGAUGAAGUUUGCCCAGCUGGAUGGAAGCCUGGGGAGAAGUCCAUGAAACCAGACCCCAAGCUUAGCAAAGAUUACUUUGCAGCGGUGUAGCGUGAAUAACAGUUAAGAGUAUCUAUGCGCUUCUGUGUCAAUUAGUGAUGAGUUAUAAAAGAGUAUUGUUUUAUUGUAAUGUUAGUCCUAAAAUUUCAAACAACGUGGUAACAAUAAUUGCAUGCUGGUGUACUGGAUUUUGGAUUGUACUUUGUAUUAAUAAUUUGCAAUUUCUUUUGAUUA